AUGGUCCGCGGCGCCUGUUCCUCCAGGAUUCGUGUAGAGACCCACGUCAACAGCGGCUUGUCCCUCGACAUGGUCUCGUCGCUGAUCAUCGGCUCUCAAGCUGCUGUAGUGAUCGACAUGCCCAUGGCUAUUCCUCAAGCGGAAGAGCUCGCUGCCUGGGUCAAGAAUACCACAGACAAGCCUCUUGUUGCUGCCUUCACAACGCACUUUCAUCCCGACCAUUACCUCAGCGGUGCCGAGUUUCUCAAACGCUUUCCCAACACCAAGUACUACGCCAAUUCUAAAGCUGUGGCACAGAUUCGUGUGGAGGCUGCAAGCAAGGUUCAGGCCGUAGGCGCAGCUUUUGGAGCCGACAACAUCGUCGAAGAGGUCGCCAUCCCGUCGCCGUACGACUUUACAUUCUUCACCCUGCCAGGAGAUGAGGAGUUCCCCAUCCACCUUCUUAGCCCCUUGACCGGCGACACUGUCGAUGAGACUAUCUUCUGGGUGCCAUCGAUUCGCACCCUCAUUGCCGGCGACGCGGUCUAUGGCCACGAUGUGCACCUUUGGUUGGCCGAUCUCCUGACACCGGAGUUGACCGAAUCGUGGCUGUCCACGCUCGAUUUCAUUCAGCACCUCAGGCCCAAGGUCAUCGUUCCCGGCCACUCGCUGUCGAAUAAGAAGUUCGGCCCCACCAUUGAUUUGGACUUCACCCGCAAAUACCUACGAUUCUGGCAGAAGCAGAUAGAAUCAGAGGGACCCAGCACGUUCACGCCAGAGCAGAUUUUCCAAAAGUUCAAUGCCAGCUUCCCUGCUUUGCUUGCUGGAAGGGACAUUGCAAGCUCCAUGUUCCUGUUGAAUGCUACCGCUGAGCAAUUUGGCCGCGAUGGCAAUCGCCAGGUGCAUUUCGUUGACCUGGCUGCCUUCAACAGCACCGCAGAUUUGGACGCAUGGAAGUUUAGCGAGUAA